AUGCCAGAGCAGGCCCGUGGGGGCAUACCAAUCCGAAAGCCCGACCCCCCGGCCGCCCGCGCCCUGCCUCCCCCACCGCGCGCGUCCUCCAUCGACCGGCCCACCUCAGCCCAAACCUCCCGCCCCAUACUCUUGGGUUCUUCCUCCGCCCCAGCGCCCACACCACCACCCCGCCUGGAAAUCCGGCCCCACCCCCGCCCCCGGCGCACGCAACCCCCCGGCCCUGACAACCGGCUUUUCCACCCCUGUGCAUCCGACACGCGGCCGUCUCCCGCCGCCGUUCUGUGCCCUCGGUCCACGUUGCAGUACCCUCGGCCCAUCCGCUCCGUCCCUGCCUUUCUCCGUGCACGCUGGCCCCGCAAGCACCGUAAGGCGCGGCCAUCGAAACUCCGCGUCCUCCGCGAGGUAUACACGGACUACAAGGCGCUCCGCGGGCCCCGCCUCGGCUUCUGGGCUCGCCUCGCCGCCACCCCUACCCUGGCCAUGGCCCCCGCCCAGACGCGCACAGAACUGCCCCCGGCGCCGGGCAGCUUUGCUUACGGCGCCGGCGCCGGCACCGGCUCCACGUUGGUCAGCGCCAGCAGCAGCACGCCGCCCACGUUGCGGCCGGCGCUGCCGCCCUCGCCGCACGCCGCCAGCUCGCGGCGGCAGCGCUUGUUGGGCUUUGCCCGCGCCACGCGCGACACAUACAUCCCGCGGCUCGCCACGCUGGUGACGCUGCUCGCGUCCGGCGUGGCGCCCCGCUCGCUGGACCUCCAGUACGACGAGUCGGGGCUGCCGGUGGUGUUUCCGAGCGACACCUCGUUCACGCUUUUCCCGUCGUACACGCGGCUCGUGUCCGCGCGGGACUCGCCCACGGGCCACGAGGGCUACCUCCUCAGCGUGCGCGGCUGGAUGUGGUGCCCGGGGCUCAUGUCGCGCAAGAACAGGCUCGUGCUCUCGCUUGCCAAGCAGGUCACCAAGGGCCGGUCCUCGCGCGCGGCGCAGAGCGCCGUGGACCAGCUCAACGGCGACGCGGGCCUCGCGCCGGACGCGCCCCAGGCCGCGCCGGAUGACUUCAACGACAGCGAGUCGCUCGCGUCGGCCUCCAGCGCGGCCAGCUCCGGCAGCAGCGACGUCCCCUCCGCGGACCAGCUCAUCAAGGAGCGCUUGGGCGCGUUCAUCGCGCGCUCGGUCGCCAAGGCCCACUUGGCCGUGGUCGUGGGCGCGGCCGACCCGACGAGAGCCGGCCCCUUGUGCGAGAAGCACGUUGUCACGGACCUCAACGGCCACUUCGAGUGCGACAUCUUCACGCCCUAUGAGCCCUCCGUGUUCCAGGUCACCUCCACCACCGACGAAACGGUCACCGCGUGCCAGGAAGUGCACAUCUUGCAGACCUCGGGCUUCGGUGUCAUCAGUGAUAUCGACGACACCGUGAAGCUCACGGGGGUGAUUGGUGACAAGAGGGAGUUGCUCAGCAAAAUCCUCGUGGGGAACAUCCACGCCUGGAACAUCCCGCAGGUCGUGGCGUGGUACCAGGACAUCUUUUCCCGGCUUGACGCUUCCUUCCACUAUGUCUCGAACUCCCCCUGGCAAUUGUUCUCGUUGAUUAGCCAGUACUUCGAGCACGUCAAGCUUCCGCGCGGCUCCUUCCACCUAAAACAAUACUCGGGCAACAUUAUCGCCUCCCUCAUGGAACCGUCCUCGUCGCGGAAAAGCCUGACUCUCCAAAAGAUCUUGAGGGACUUCCCCAACAAAAGGUUCAUUUGCAUAGGCGACUCCGGAGAGCAGGACAUGGAGGCGUACACGGAUUUGGCCAGACUACACCCGGAUAGAAUCGCUGCCAUCUACAUACGAGCAGUGCCAAACUCCUUCUCUAGUGUCGACGACUCAAAGGUCUUGAAUGAGCUCAAGUGGAUGACUUCGGACUGGGAAAAGCGCCAGACCAUCAAAUCAGGGAAAAGGUCCGCCCCGGGAUCCCCCGAUCUAAUUGACCUCUCGGACAGCGAGGCUGCUGACCCUGUUCCAAAACGCUUGACAAGGCUCCCUCCAAUGGUACCACGGAAGCCAACAGCGCUCAAAGGCAAUGCGAUUCGAAAGCUCCCCCCUCUACCUGAGAGAAGAUACAUGUUAUCCAAUGAACACCCAAAUUCAGAUCCAGAAAUUAGUGGCAGCGUCUCCUCAGGUCUGGGUCCCUUCAGCACUCUCCCAACAAAAUCGCUGACGCUACCGCCCCAAUCGAAGCUCGCCACACCUCCUCCUCCGCCACCUCCUCCCUUGAGACGCAAAAAACCACCUGUGGAUGAUAUGGGAUUCAAGCCUGUUACAAGUAUAACUACUGAAAAGGCCGGAGACAAUCUGUCAUUGUCUUAUGGUGUAAACGAUUUUUUCGAGCCAGAAGACGUUGAUGGCAAAGCAGCUUUGUGGAUACAAAGGCUACAUGAAUGUCUUCAUAACUUGGAUGGAACCAACACCAAACUUGCAUUCUUCGAAGAUUCGGAUGAGGACUUCUUCAAAUCCGCCCUCAAAGACUUGUAG